AUGAUUAAAAAAGUAAUUUCACUCAUACACUUAUUUUCAACUGCCGCCGCCGUCUACAACGGGGUUCAGGAAUGAUAGCUACAAGGUUUCUCUUCAGAGCCGACCUUGCUUUGCUAGCCAAGAAGACUUGCGUAAUCUCAAAGAGCCUGCCAUACUUACCUGGAUGCUCCUACUACACUGGUUUCAACUAUAAUUCGGGGAUGGACUUGAAAAAAGCGUUGCGGAUUGUUAAGGAGAAGAAGAAACAGAAAGUGGUAAUUCAAGUAUGGAGACCAGUCUCCACUCGGUCAAGUUCCUGUGAGGAAUCCAUGGUGAAAAAUACUAGCUCAAAUGUGGAGGAUUGUCAUGUUCUGAGUGGUCAGGAGAAACAUGAUAUCAGAAGUCAAGUGGAAGAAGGUCAUCAUACCAUCUCUUCCACUGUCUCAGAGAUUGUUUCUGAAGGUGUUGAAGCUGAAGCAGCUGUCUCUAACCCAAACACAUUCCAAACCUGCAUUGAAAGAAGUAAUGUGGAAGGACAAACAACACCAUCUGUUGAUGAGCAACCAAUUUCUGUGGCUGAGAAGCAUUCAAUUUCAAUAGAGACAGGGACUUCUUUGAUGCAUUUCAUCAAAGGGAAAGGGGGAGUCACACAGAAAAAGAUUGAAGAGGAUCUGGGUGUUGAAAUUAUAUUUCCUUUAUCCAAAAAGGAAGCCUCUAUCACAAUUGAAGGUGAUUCUGCUGAAAGUGUAGCAAAAGCUGCAGACAGAGUCAAGCUUGUAAUUGAUGAGGCAGUAAAAAGCCCAAAUCUGGACUACUCCCACUUUGUGUCACUUCCAUUGGCCAUACACACUGAACUGGUAAAUAAACUCAUUAACUUUCAGACCUCAAUUCUUGAAGCUACAGAAGUUAAUCAAGAUGGCCAUUUGGAAAGCUCUUCAAAUGAAGGCACUUCAGAUGAGGGCGAGAAUUUGAAUAAAGCCCCAAAGGUUGUGGUAGAACUCAAAACUGAAAAUGAUAAUGAGCAUGUUAAAGUUGAUAUAACUCAGAUACCGCUUGUGAGUUAUGCACCUAAAGCUUCUAAGUCAUCUGCCACAGAAGAAAAGCCAUCUAAACUGUCUGGAAUUGAAAAGUCCACUUUCAAUAAUCCAAAAACAUUUCACUUGACUGUACUCAUGCUGAAACUAUGGAACAAGGCCCUAGUUGAAAAAGCUGCUGAGGUUUUGCAGAGUGUCUCAUCAAAAGUAAUUGAUGCCUUGGAGAACAGACCUGUCUUUGUUCGACUUAAGGGGUUGGAGUGCAUGAAAGGUUCCUUGGCCAAUGCUCGUGUUCUCUAUGCACCUGUGGAAGAAAUUGGUAGUGAAGGGCGGCUUUCUCGCGCUUGUCAAGUCAUCACUAAUGCAUUCAUUGAAGCUGGUCUAGUUCUUGAAAAGGAUAAAGAACAAAAGUUAAAGUUGCAUGCCACUGUAAUGAAUGCAAGACAUAUCAGAGGGAAGAGGUCAAGAAAGAAUCGUUCCUUUGAUGCAAGAACCAUAUACAAACGUUAUGGCUCUGAAGAAUGGGGGGAGUAUCUUAUCCGUGAAGCCCAUCUUUCACAGAGGUUUGCUUAUGAAGAAAAUGGGUACUACCGUUGCUGUGCUUCCAUUCCUUUUCCCAGUGACUCUCAACUAGAUUGAUCAUUGAUGCUUAAAAAAGCAAACCUGUUGCUUGUUCUAGAUUGCUAAUCAGUUUUCAUACAGUUUUUCUAGUGUACCUAUUAUCAAAAGAUUCAUUCUGCUAUUACAUGGAUGCUUAUUUUGCAUUGUAUCUUAUGCUCAUCUUUCCCAUUGAACGACUCAUUAGAUUCGUUGGCAUUACAGAA